AAACCCCACCUCCGGCGCAGUUGGCGCCUCCUGGAUCCCGCGGGACUCGGCGUCUUUUCCGGGUUUGCGGGCCCCAGGCACGUGCGCAGUGAAUUUGUGUAAAUCCAGUUAGACCAAAAUGAGCAAGGUGGAGAGCCGCUUAACCGGAUGCUACAGGUGACGACUGGGAGGAGGAAAGAAAUUACCUCUUUAUCUUGCAUGAACAUCUGAAUUUUCAGGACCAGAGGAGCGAGAGCAGCAAGAACCACACCCAGCAGCAAUGUCAGCGGAAGUGGAAACCUCAGAGGGGGUAGACGAGUCAGAGAAAAAGAACUCUGGGGCCUUAGAAAAGGAGAACCAAAUGAGAAUGGCUGACCUCUCGGAGCUCCUGAAGGAAGGGACCAAGGAAGCACACGACCGGGCAGAAAACACCCAGUUUGUCAAGGACUUCUUGAAAGGCAAUAUUAAGAAGGAGCUGUUUAAGCUGGCCACCACGGCACUUUACUUCACAUACUCAGCCCUCGAGGAGGAAAUGGAGCGCAACAAGGACCAUCCAGCCUUUGCCCCCUUGUACUUCCCCAUGGAGCUGCACCGGAAGGAGGCACUGACCAAGGACAUGGAGUAUUUCUUUGGUGAAAACUGGGAGGAGCAGGUGCAGUGCCCCAAGGCUGCCCAAAAGUAUGUGGAGCGGAUCCACUACAUAGGGCAGAACAAGCCAGAGCUACUGGUGGCCCAUGCAUACACCCGCUACAUGGGGGACCUCUCGGGGGGCCAGGUGCUGAAGAAGGUGGCCCAGCGAGCACUGAAACUCCCCAGCACAGGGGAAGGGACCCAGUUCUAUCUGUUUGAGAAUGUGGACAAUGCCCAGCAGUUCAAGCAGCUCUACCGGGCCAGGAUGAACGCCCUGGACCUGAACAUGAAGACCAAAGAGAGGAUCGUGGAGGAGGCCAACAAGGCUUUUGAGUAUAACAUGCAGAUAUUCAAUGAACUGGACCAGGCCGGCUCCACGCUGGCCAGAGAGACCUUGGAGGAUGGGUUCCCUGUACACGAUGGGAAAGGAGACAUGCGUAAAUGCCCUUUCUACGCUGCUGAACAAGACAAAGGUGCCCUGGAGGGCAGCAGCUGUCCCUUCCGAACAGCCAUGGCUGUGCUGAGGAAGCCCAGCCUCCAGUUCAUCCUGGCCGCUGGCGUGGCCCUAGCUGCUGGACUCUUGGCCUGGUACUACAUGUGAAGGACCCAUCAUGCCAUGCCGGUACCCUCCCGACUGACCACUGGCCUACCCCUUUCUCCAGCCCUGACUAAACUACCACCUCAGGUGACUUUUUAAAAAAUGCUGGGUUUAAGAAAGGCAACCAAUAAAAGCCCGAUGCUAGA